AUGCAACGGAUCGGACGGACGCUUGGUGACGGACGUCUUCUCACAAGCUCUUGGCUGAGGGCUGGACGCGCUGGGAAGGGCCGAACGGGCUCUCGUCUUCAACAAUCUGUCCAGAACUCAUACCUGGAACCUUUANAUGUUCUACUUUCAUUGAAGCAGAAGUAUCCUGGUCUAACUCAAACUACCUUGGAUACCAGCAAGAUCCAGUGCAACAAGGAUGUUGGAAAAUCCAUACUUGAGAGCUAUUCAAGAGUUUUGGAGAGCAUGGCAUUUAACAUUGUAGCUCGCAUAGACGAUUUGCUAUAUGUGGAUGACUUGACUAAACAUUCAGAUAGGUUUCCGUUGGUUCCAAUGACAGUGUCUGUCUCAGGCACUCCUCACAAAGCAGUUGGAACACCAAGCUUUUCACCUGCUCCAUCACUCAUUAGUCCUGCAAGGGGAGAGAGAUCUCCUUUCCUCAACAACAACAUCAACAAUAACAACAACAACAACAUCAAACCUCAACGUCGUGGCUUUGGGGUGAGAAGAGUAUUGUCGAAUUAUCUUGGUGCAGAAUCAAAAGAAACAAAGAAUUUUAGCAGUUCAACUGUUGUGGUGAAUGGUUCUAACCCAAGCUGCAAUAAAAGAGAACAGGCAGAACAUCACAAGAAGCCACAUGCCAUGAAUGGCAAGACAAAAUGACUGGUGGGGCUUUACAGUAAAACAACCAUAUCCUUGUAUCAUUUAUUGGUAGCAUCUGUUGUUUGUUGUGUUGUUAGUUGAGAAUAGAAGUGUGAAGUUGUUGGGAUUAUUAUUUGCAGUCUUCAGCUGAAAUCUGACAAGGGUAAGUUCAGGACCAAUUGUAUCGAUUAGAAGAUUGUAUUUAGUGUAGAUCAUUUAUCUAAUGUAUUUAGAGGACAUGGUUUUUUUCCCAUCUGAGAUCAUGCCUGAAUUUUUCAUCCCAAUUUGU